UGAAACUCGCUCUGUCAGGAUUGUAAAAGAAGGGGACAGAUAAAACUUAGUUCGUGUGGACUUUCUGGAAAGUUUUUUAAUACUAUUUAUGAAUUUACUCAGCAAAGGAGACUUUUAACACCGGAAACCAGCAAGUUACAAGAUGAAGAGCCUCAAGUAUCGAUUGAAAAAGCACGAAGUUACCAUCACAAACACAGACUGGAACAAGUAUGAUGAUCGGCUGAUGAAGGCGGUGGAACGCAGCGAGGUGGACAAGGUCGCUGCUGUUCUCAGCAAGAAGGGCAUCAUCCCCACCAAGCUUGAUGUGGAAGGACGCUCAGCGUUUCAUUUGGCUGCGACGCGAGGACACCUCGACUGUCUCAAUCUCAUCCUGGGACACCAUGUUGAUAUCACUGCAACUGAUGCCACUGGUAAAAACGCUCUUCAUCUGGCCUCAAGAAAUGGACAUUCUCUGUGUGUGCAGAAACUCUUGCAGCACAACUGUCCAGUUGGAAAUGUGGACCUACAAGGAAGAACAGCUCUACAUGAUGCUGUCAUGGCUGGCUGCUCCUCCAGCGUAAAACUUCUCUGUGACAGUGGGGCUUCUGUGAAUGCCAGUGAUUUUGAUGGCAGGACACCUCUAGUGCUGGCGACCCAGAUGUGUCAUCCACGCAUCUGUCAGCUGCUGCUGGAGCGAGGGGCUGACAUCACCACCCGGGACAAACAGAGCAAGACAGCGUUGAUUCUGGGCUGCGAGUACGGCUGUAAGGACGCAGUGGAGGUGUUGCUGAAGAGUGGCGCCGACGUAAAGGCAGUUGACGGCUUGGGUCAUGAUGCAUUUCACUACGCUCGCCUCAGCAAGAACGCGGAGCUUGUUGCGAUGGUCAAAAGUUACCUGGACAAAGCCACCAGAGAUAAAGAGGCUGCAAAGAUAGAACAGUGGAAGCGACAGCACUCAGUGGAGAGAGCAGAGGCAGCUGAGGUUACCAGAAGGGAUCAGAUCAUACAUGACCUGGAGAGGCAGAACGAGCAACUGCAGGAAAAUCUCAGGAAGUACCACCAGGAUCAGAGAGCGCUGGUAGAUAAGGUCAACAUGCUACAGCAACAGCUCACACAGGAAAAGAUCACCGUGGAAGACACUCAGAAAGAGAAGGAGCAGUUGAAGGUGUUACUCAGCACCAAAGACAGAGAGGAAGGAGCUCGAGGGCUGGAGACUGUCAAGGUCCAACUCCGGAGCACUUUGGGGGACUACUCUGGGCAGUCUGUUAUCAAAGGUAAAGAAAACAUUUUGGUCAAACAAGCGCUCAGCCUGGACUCUGAUAAGAAUCCUGCCAUGUCGCGUUCGCUGUCCAGACCUCCAGAGAAGAGUCCGCCCGCUGUAGGCUGGGACCUCUCUGGUGAACUGGACGCACUCCGACAUGAACUUGAGGCUGUCAGGAGAAGACAACAGGCGGCUGAGGAUGAAACUGCACGGCUUCAAUCUGCCCUGAACCGUAAAACCCGAGAGUGCCAAGAGCUGGUUCAGAGCCGAGACACCAUCCAGAAGCAGGCGGACCAGCAGGUUCAAGAACUGGAGGACGCCUUGGGCGACGUCCAGAAGAGGAUGCUGGACUCUGAGUGUAAGGUCAAACAGCUGCAAGCCCAUGUAGUCGCUGUGAAGGAACACUUAGGAGGCCAGGGGACGGAAGAAAUGCGCGCCCAGCUCCAGGAUAUCAAGGCCAAGUAUGAAGGAGCUUCGGCCGAAGUUGGACGCGUUCGUAACCGCCUCAAGCAGAGCGAGAAGGCCUUGGAGGAGUACAAGAGCAGCGAGAGCCAGCUGGCAGCAGAGGCAGACAGGCUGAACCAAGAGCUGGGAGCUCUGACUGCAGAAAGAGAUGAGCUAGCGGAACACCUUCUAGAAAUGGAAACACACCUGAAGGAGGUCCAGACUAAACAUAGCAACACGGUACCUGCUGAGAAGUUUGACAACAUGAAAAACCUGCUGACCAACGCAGUUGAUGAGAAGGAGCGUCAGAUCGCUGAGCUGAGGGAAGACUAUGAUCGUGUGCUGGAGGAGGUUGCUGAGCUCCAUCGAAAGCUGGACUGUCCUUCAUCCCAGGGAGGACCGGGGGCGAUGUCUGCUGAGGAGCAACAGAAGAUACAGGCGGCUCUGGAAGAGCAGAACGCUUCAUUGAAAAGGAAGUUGGUUGAUGUGACCACCAGAAGCCAGGCUCUAAUUCAGGAGGUCGAGGAGAGCGAGGAGGAGAGAGAUUUGCUACGAGAGCAGCUGGAGGAGCUCAACAGCAGGAUUGAGAUGGACUUUGUGCCCGUGAAGUUGCAUGAUGACGCCCGGAGGAACAUGGUGACAGCUUUGGAGGAGCUGGAGGACAAACUGGUGGAGGCCAGUGAACGCUAUGGAAAAGCAGAAGCGCAAGUUCAACAGCUUCAAACUGAGAGGGCCACACUGCAGGAGAACAUCAGCAGUCUCCAAAGUGCCAGCGAGAGACGCCUGAGUGAAAUCGACGCUCUGAGAUCUCAGAACGCCGACCUGAUGAAGAAACUUGAAGUUUUGGAGAGGAAAUGUGAAGACAGAGAUAAAGAGUGUGUGCAGCUGUCCACACAGAGCCAGACUCUGAAACAGAGCUUGGAGGGAGAGUACGUUCCCAGACAGCAGCACGAGCAAGUGAGGAUGGAGUUAAGCUCCACCUUAGAGAGCGUUAAAGCAGAGAUGUUGAAGUUGGAGACCAAAGGAAAAGAAAGUGGGGAAGAAUUGAAGAAUGUGAAAGAAGAAAAUGAUAAGUUGAAAGAAAAGUUGGAGAGAGUCCUGUUGGAGAUGAAAAUAGAUUAUAUGAGCGUAAAAGACCACAAAGCAGUUGCAGACAAGUUGAACGCUGCCGUGGUCGAGGCAGAGAACAGAGCGAACGAAGCGUCGGCAAGGUAUGUGUCAACUCAGGAGGAAAAUGUAAAGCUUACUGAAGAACUGGAGGCUCAGAAGAGAGAACUUGAUACCAUACAGGAGGCUAUUCAGUCCAAGUUUAUCCCAGUGACUGCGGCUCAGGAAAAAGAACACUCUUACGGCGCCCAGGUGAAGGAGUUGACGGCCAAGCUGUUGGAAAUGGAGGAGAAGUAUAACAAGGAAAGGUCUGCUGGAGAGAGCAACAAGCAGGAGAGGGAGAAGCUAAAAGUUGAGAUUGAAUCUGUUCAACAGAGACUAGACUCUGCUGUCGUUAGCAGUGAAAAGCACAAGAAUGUGGAGGAAGAGUACAAGGCUAAAUUUGAGGAUUUAACUCAAAAGUUUGUUGACUUAGAGCAGCAGCACGAAGAGGUGACGCAUCAGAACGCUGAUCUUCAAAACCAGAACGCCCUCAGCAACACUCAGAUCCAGAAUCUCCAGGAGCGUCUGAAAUCAGAGUUGACUCGGAUAGCAACAUACGACACAGAGCUGAAAGCCCUCCAUGACGCCAUGCAACAAGCCCAGGCUGACUGCAAAAAGGCAAGAGAGGCUCAGCAGGAGGAGGCCCAGAGGGUCUGUGCCUUACAGAAAGAAGUUCAGGAGCUCCACGGGGAUCAGACGUCUCUGCUGCAACAACAGGCCAAGACCAAGGACGCCCUGGAGGCUGAGGUCGCUAAGCUUCGAUUGGCUCUCCGCGAAGAAGAAGAGAACGGCGCCCAGAGGGCUGAAGAUGUAUCUGCGCUGCAAUCUGAGCUCCUUCAGGCCACGCAGGCUCUCGAGGAUGUUCGUGACAAGGAAGACCAAAUGAACCAGCUGAAGAAGGAGAAACAGCAGCUGGAGGAGGAGGCUGCCAACCUGAGCAGCAAGCUGCUGAGCUUAGCGGAGGAGAGCGAAGAGGCCCAUCGGGAGGCGACUCAGGCGAGGGAGGGUGAGAGCAGGGCCCGGACAGAGAUGGAGGCCGUCCAGGAGAAGGGACACGCCAUUGAGAGAGAAAUCAGGGAGCUGAAGGAGAGAUAUGAUGAGUCGCUCAGCACCAUCUGUGAUCUUCAGAGGAGGAUUCAGACAUCAUCUCAGCAGACUGAAGCCAAAGACAAGAAGAUCACAGAGUUGCUGACAGAUGUCGAGCGAUUGAAGCAGGCACUGAAUGGUCUGUCCCAGCUAGCAUACACGAGCAACGCACCCAACAAGAGACAGACGCAGCACAUCGACACACUCCACGCUCAGAUCAAGAGCCUACAGCAACAGCUGGCUGAUGCUGAGAGGCAACACAGGGAGGUGGUUUCAAUAUACCGAACCCAUCUUCUCAGCGCAGCACAGGGCCACAUGGAUGAGGACGUCCAGGCUGCCUCUGCAGAUCAUCCGCAUGAGACAGGAGUUUGUGUGUUAAAGCUUCCUCUGACAAAACAGAUGCUACCUGCUGACUCAAAUUCACCAUUCUCACAUCUCCCAUGGCUGAGUCCCCUGCUGUGGCCCCUGUGGGUGCCCAGCGUGUGUUUGUCAGUCAUACAGCAUCCUCUCUGCCCUGAAACCCCCCCCUUUUUUUGUAGUGUGGCUGCACUUUGGUUCCCAGAUAUCUGAGGGCCUUUUCACACCUGAAAGUCUGAACCAGGCUUCAUAUUUAUGUUAUAUAGUGUACAUUUGAUCUGGUUAGAGUCGGUUUCAAGUUGCAAUUAUGCAGCGUACUAAAGACCUAUACAUGACAUACCUACAUCCUGUCAUCAUGACCUUCAUAUGCUGCUCUGUCGUCCUCUGGUAUCCCCUUCCUCUCAUCCUUUGGGAAAAUAAUUCAGUGUCAUAAUUUUUUAAAGUUGUCUCCUCCUCUCCCCUGUGCACUGUGGCUCAUUUUGUUAUGUUGUGUUGUUCAUGGACAAACUGAAACCUGCAUAGUCCAUUCACUACCACUGACUUCACUUACUACUCAUUUCUCCUCUGCUUCUAUCGCCAACACCUGUCUGCUCUGAGCGCAGCCACUACACACAAGGUGCUAAACUACUCUUAUCACUUGAUGACAGCCUGCCAAAUGUUUCUGUAAUUGGUCUGAUUGGCCUUUCAAAAAAAUGUUUUCACACAAAAAACAAACCAAACCAUUGCUCAGUUUGAUCCUUGCUGAGACCACCUCUUUUUGCUGAUGUUCAGCUGUUUGGUGUGGACUGUGGUCACACCUCCAACUCUGGUUGGGCUCAAACUAAAAAGUUCGAAAGUCGGACCAAACGAGGUAGGUGUGAAAGGGCCCGACAUCUCUGUGCUGUGGGUGAAAGUGAGUAACUUUAGAUUUUAGAUACAAAUGUGUUGUUUUCAACUUCAGUGAAUGAAAACUCAUUUUACUUCAAGCUGUCACUGUAUCAAUUUCUGCAUCAAACUGACCUGUGAAAUCAUUUUGACUCAAUGAUCUUCAUAUAUGCAGGAACAUUUUUCAGUUUUUCUUACAGUGCAGUCUGUGAAAAUGAGAUUCCAUACAUUUAUGUUCAAUUUGUUCUAAAUGAUGCAAAUCUGUGCAGCUUUAUGCAGCAUUAACUCAUUAUAUUCAGUGAUCAUGGGAGUCAUGUUAGAUGUAGGUCCCUCUCAUAGAUCGCUCACCGCUGAAAUGCUCAGCUGAAAUGUAACACGGACAUGAACACAAAGACCACUUUUCACAUUCCCACCUGACCGUCAGCUCUCAUACAGUACGUUUUAGUGUUCAACAGCAUGUUUGAGGGAUAGAUACACAUUUUUAAAGUGGACCUUAAAGGAUGAGUUCACAGUUAAAGGAGUGAAUGCUGCAGUAGGUUUAACUGUAAUUAUUCCUCCUGGUUAUUCUGGACACGAAAAGAUCGUUUAAAAAAUUGUGAACCUGUCCUUUGAUACAAUACUCACAUGCCAACAUGUGCAUUGAAGGAGUUACUGGUCCCUGUAGACUGACUGGUUGUGAAGAGAUCUCUUGCCCUUUGAGAUGUGUGUUUUUAAGUUUUUUUAGUGAUUUUGUUUCUCACUCUGCAUGUGGGAUUUUACUACCUUGAUUGCUUUUGAAAAAAUCUUUGCAUAAAAUACACCGAGCUUCGUAUGCGUAGCCUUGUACUGGGUUCAGCCAUGCUGCAAAAUCUUGGUUAGGUAGCCAAUUUUUGUUGAAUCUCCACUUUCCAGAUGUCGUAUAGGGCAGUGGUUCCCAGCUGGUGGGUCGCUGGUCCAUUCUGAGUGGACCGCAAGUUACUCACGAGUGUGUCCAGUUUGUAAAAAAACACCCUUUAUUUUGAAGUACAGUGAAUUUCUUGUGCAGAGCUUUCGUGUUGAAGUGCUGUUUCCUGCUGUAGAGUUACUGACUAACAGACAACUACUUAACAGAGACGGCAAAGUAGUUCAACAACAUGGCCAAACGCAAGUAUGAUGCUAAAGAUAAUUAACCAUAGGACCCUGAGAUAAUGACUAAGGAGAAAUCUGGACCCCGUGGCUGUUUUUACAUUUUACAUGAGAAAAAUAACAAAUCCUACUGUCCAUGUCUUUGCAUUUUAAGACUUAAAAGAUUUAUUUAAGAUGUUUUAAUACUAAUUAAGGCCUUGUUUUUAGACUCGUGAAUUUAGUGUCUUAUCAGACUUUUUAAAGGAUCAGCAGGAACCCUGUAUUAUAAGAUUAGCAGUAUGAAUUAGUUACAUCAAGUGGGUGUCUUUCAAGGUUAUGGUCUUUUUUUUUAGUAUGAGAUUUCCUCUUUGUGUGUCCUCGCUGAGCUGCAGGGACAACACUUCAAGAAGAAGGGUGAAUUUUGCUGUAAAAUCUCUGAUUUUUGAUGUAUGUUUGCACAGACAGAGGACUGUAGAUUUGUCCCCCAUCUCUUACACCGAAACAGCAUUAGUAGGGGAUCCUGUCACAUCCAGUGUGGACAGAACGACUAAUUACAGCAUCCAUUAACUCUCUUAAUGCACAUGUGGGCAUCUGAGUGUUGUUUAUGUGAACCUAUCCUUAAACCUUGUUCAUGUCACUUGUAACACUUCAGCUUCUUGAUUUAGAUGUUUCUCUUUUUCAUUUUGUGGCGCAGUCAUCAUCUCCUGGAGGCCCAAACUCAUGUCAGAAUCAUCCAAAGACCCACAGAGGGUAAAACAAUCAUCCAAAUCUAAAACUAGUCACCAUUUUGGUACAUGGUGGAUAGUAAUAUGACAGAUCUGGGAGUCAUGUCACUCACAGUCUUGUUACAGAAGUCUGGACAUGGUUUGUGCUGGAUUUGAGUCAUGGAGGAGUGUGGAGUGGAGCUCUCUGUGCUGUGUCCUACAGUUUGCAGUGGGAUGUCGUCCUUUUGUUGAAACCAGAGUGUCCUCUAGUGGAGAGACUUGGCAGGCCAGGUUGAUAGAAAUUGUAAUAAUCAGUGUGGCCCAGGGGUAGGCAGCUGUUGUUUUUGGUGGCUGUAAUAUCUGCUGGGAAAUUUAUUAUGAAUCCAACAGUGUAGAAAAUGAAUGUGAAACUAAACAGAGCUUUGUCUGUCUGUUGCUUUGCAUCACUACAUUUAAACCAAACCCCCUUUAAAGAAGCAAGAAGCUGAUUUAAUAAGUUUGAUUUAAUGUUGACUUAAAAUAAAACCUAAUUUCCGCAGCAGUGAACUCUCCUAGAACAAGGGCUGCGUACCCCUGAGCCAGCUAUUUGUGACUCUUGGUGGUGUCGUGUAGUGGUGUUGUGAUUGUUGAGCGAGUCUCUUAUGCCUUUACACUGAUAUAUUUUUCAUAGCUUUGUACUUCUUUAAUUACUGUACUACAGUGUGACAAUUCUGAUAUUCAGCAGGUCUGGAAGUAGAACGGCACAGAACACGUUCAGGGUAACAUUUACUGUAGAUGUGACAAGAAUAGAACUGAUUAUUUUUGUAGAUAGACAAACCCCCUAACGAUUAGCUAUAUGAAGCACUCCUGUCUUUAACUUUCAGCUAACACACUUCAACAAGUCAAAUUUAUCGCUCUCUGUUUUUAUAUUUUGGCCAAAAACUCUGUUUACACCAACAGAUAGUUUAGAAAAUACCUCUUUGCAUUUUGUUAUGCAGAUGUUAGGAAUUAACACUUUCUGUCUUCUCUCAUCCGUUAACAUAGACUUUAAACUGAAUCCAGCUAAAUCUCUAAAUAAAUAUACUGUAUACCAAUCUGUUUAAAUUGGUUGAUGUCUUGACAAUAAUAUCUGUGUUUGUGAAUCAGUAAUACAAAAUCAAUAAAAGUGCCUAACAUAGAAAACUA